UAUCGUGCGUACGCUCUAAGGAGAGAGAUGGAUCCUAGAACCUUCAUUUUCUGGCGGCUGUCGCUGCAGCGUCAGCUGAAGGAAAUAUUUAACCUUGGUCCUGUUCUGAAGGCUAAAGAUGACCUGGGUCUUCAGCGGACAGGCCCUGAAGAUCAGGACACCAAGAGAAAGCGACACCGCAGGUCCUCAUUACCAGCAUUCAUGAAAUUGAACAAAUUACAGCAAGCAGCUGCACAGCGGCCACAAGGCAUAGGGCAGGUUUUGUCAAGGGCCGAGCACACAAAUAGGACGACAUCAGUCACUGAGGCUGCGGAAGAACAUGAGGGCGAGGGUGAAGAAGACAGAGAAGGAGAUAGUGGGACGACACCCCAAUUGAAAGAAGAAGGAGAUGGCAUUUCAAGCGUGAGAGAACCAUUGGUCAAGAAAGAUGAUGGGCAGGAACGUUCAGAAGGGUUAGCCAGGCAACAGACGCACGUGCCUGUGAAGACUCAGUUGCCAGAUUCCAAGCAGCUUGCAGAUAUUAAGCCAAGCCCGGGCGCAGUCGCUGAUCUUAAGGGCAUGAAGGGAUCACAGGGAAGCAUGGACGCUGGCGAGGAAAUGAAGAUAUUGGCAGCAAUCAAGUGGUUUAUACUGAAUUUCAAACAAACAGAUCUUCGAGAUCCUGAGUGGCCAGUGGAAUUGAUGUGCAUAUUCUACAUUAUUAGGAGCAUGGUACAAGCGCCGUGGGCCACAGAUGCAAUAAAAAUUCAGGCCAAGGCUGCACUGAGCCUGGAGCCGCCACUGAGUCGAAUCUAUUCUGUGCUGGCAGACCUUAAUGCCAUUUUUUUUGCCGUUAUGAAGGAUGUCCUUCCUCAACAAGCUCCAGGGGUAGAUCAUUCUUCUAUUCCCAGCAGUGUGGUCUCCACUGUCAGCUUGGCUCUGGUGUCCAGCCCGGGUCAAAACCCAUUUACAGCUUUUGUCGACAGAGCCAUACAGAUGAUCCAUACUCUACCUCUUCCCAGCAAACAGGCACUUGGACAGCAUCGGCCCCUUGUGGAGCAGAGCGUUGAAGACAUUAGCACAAGGGAUCAGGCAUAUUCCAGUCUUGUGUCCGUCCUUACGAAGCUCGGACAACUUGCAAAUGAGAAUCCAGACCAGGUCGCAUCAAAACCUGGUAGCUUACCUCAUUUCGCUCCGAUGCACUCAUCCGUGCAUGCAAAUCGAGCCAAGGAAAAAAUAAACUAUCUCCUCCAGCUUAUGACCACUUGUGCACCUAAAUGGCCACCCUCGCACCCCAUCUACUCAUCUAUUGUGAAGACUAUGGAAAGCGGCGUGCUCCUCGGCUAUAGCUACCAGCUGAGGACGAUCGUCAACCUUCUGCAGGACUCAAUGGGAAAUGUGGCGCAAGACCCUGCCUUCCUGCCAGAACAGGACACAGAGUCCCAGAACGACACAAAAAAAACACGCCCAGGUUCAGAGUCAGUUAAUGCCUUGGCGGUUCGUCGCAGCAGUUUGCAGCAGAUUCAUGAUACAGUAACUGCAGCUGAGGAAGGGAUUGCGAGCAUUCCUGGCAUUUGGUUGCAAGUCCAUCGUGAACGAAUGUCCAUGCUCACUUCCCGGGCUGCAGCUUUGGAGCGAGUAUUCGCAAAAGAACGGGCAAAGAAGAUGGCGGAUUCGCCGGAUUUCGUGAAGACCAGCAUGUGUGCGGGAACUCUGAGCUUCGCCAGCUACGGCUUGAUUUGGAGACUGCCCAGAGAUCUCUCCUUUAGCGCUGAGAAACAUGCGCGCCCAUUAACCACCUCCGGACUUGAUGUGAGACGAGGUCCCUGGAGCUUACAUUCUCAGCCAAUACAGGAUGGCCUUGCUGACGACAGCGACGUCAACAAGAACAACAACCAAGCACCACCACGAGGCCGCACUGCCCCAGGAGCUUCGCGCGACAGAUCCUUUCAGCAAUUUCCAGGGAGUCACAUUCUGAACACAUUCACAAUCCCCUACGUAGAAAUAUCGGGUUACAGGAUCCGCACAGUUGACGGCUUGUCCUUUCUGCACAUUGUCGCUUACAGCACCCGCAGCUCCCUGUUAUUUUAUCCCCUACAUGACGUUUAUCAUCAGGCAGACGGUGAGAAGGCAACCAAGCGAGACAUCCAUUCCUUGGUUUCAAAAAUCCUCUUCAGCGCAACAGGCCUCCCUCCCUUUCGUGCAGAUGAAAUUAUCAUCAAGCUUCUGGAGACCGAAGUUGAAUCUCGCCGAAGCGAUGCUCUCACAAAGCUCCGAGGUGAGACCCAUCCCUGGAUUACCAGUGUCAAAGAAUUGGAAUCGACAAUGAGGAGAAUAGUUCACAGCUCAGUGGUCAGUGGUAAUUGGGAUGACACCUUGCUUGAUAUGGAACGCCUCUACCAUAGCUGCCGGUUAAGGAAGGAGGUCACCAAGGAGCUGGUCACAAAUGGCCUCCAGCGGCUAUGGGCAGAGAUGAUGAGGCGACGUAACAAGGUGAAGCUGCUGGCUAUGGCACUGAGAAUCAUGGACCCCAAUGUCUUGUCACCACAUGACAGCAACUUUGUCUCUCUUAUCAUUUGGUUCGAGACUCUUGAGUUCAAAGAUAGUGACCAAUUAACGAAGAAACACCCAAUGAUAGAAAUGAUGCUGACCAAGUUACGGCUUGCGGCUCUCAACAUCAUCAGGAUUGGUAUCAAGAUGAUUCCCGAGAACCAGAUUCCUGAUGAGUUCCAUCUCAUGGGUCAAUUUGAAGUGUUCAAGGACACCUAUCAGAUAAAAUCUUCAACCACAUUGGAUCUGCCUUAUUCACUGGCGCCAAGAAAAUGAUCUUGCCUUAGACUUGUUCAAUGGCAAUGCGGAGAAAAAUGGAGUGCAAAUGCUGAUGAUCUCCCAUUUUGGGGAGCAACAAAAGUUCUAGUCUUUU